CUUCUGUAGCUAAUCAUAGCUCCAUGUAGCUGUUUUUAUUUUAUAUUUUUUUCUCUAUAAUUUUUCUUACUAUCACUGUCUGUUUGUUUUUUUAAUUGUAAAAUAUAACUUAAUUCACACCAUAUUUCUGAUAUUACCGAUCAAUCUUAUCAGAUUAACUUUGAUCGUUCACUCUUCCGUGACUGCAGUACACCUGCAAAGCGUUAGCACUCGUUAGCUUGUCAUUAGCGUUUUCUUUUCUCCUCUCCUCUCCUCUCUCACGCUGCAGUUUUCCACAAGUUCAUCAAACAACCGCAGUAAGAAUAUUUCAUCAAGCACGGUGAGUAAUGGCUUCUCCUACAAUUGUUAUUUGCACCUCUUGCCACAUGUACAGUUUAUCUAUCUCUGUCGCUGAUGAGGGAUUCACAUGUGAUAAAUGCAGGGAAACAGUUAGGCUGACAGAGAAGAUUUCAGAAUUAGAGACACGCAUCCAAACUUUAAUUGAGGACAGUAAGAAUGUUAGGGCUCUAGAUAUGGCUUUGGAUGCGUCUAGCUCAGGGAUUCCUGUACAUUGUCCGGUUCCAGCAGAGCCCCUGCAGCAGGGCAACUGGGUGACGGUGAGGCAGCGUAGUCGUGGGUCAAAACACCGCUCUUCUGUUCCGAUCAAAACAUUAAACAGGUUCUCCCCACUCAGUGAUGCACCCACUGAGAAACCUGAUGAAAGUGCUCUAGUUAUUGGCGAUUCUAUUGUACGGAACGUGAAUAUAGAGACACCAGCCACCAUAGUCAAAUGUUUACCGGGAGCCAGAGCGCCUGACAUCUUGGCAAAUUUAAAAGUGCUGGCUAAUGCUAAACGUAAAUACAGUAAGAUUGUUAUUCAUGCCGGCGCUAAUGAUGUUCGACUUCGCCAGUCGGAGAUCACUAAAAAUAACUUUAAAGAGGUGUGUGAACUUGCAAGCACGAUGUCAGACACUGUAAUAUGCUCUGGUCCCCUCCCUGCUUACCGUGGUGAUGAGAUGCAUAGCAGAUUGUCAUCACUCAAUGGCUGGAUGUCUAAGUGGUGCCCACAGAAUAACAUAGGUUAUAUAGACAAUUGGACGAGCUUUUGGGGCAGACCUGACCUGUUUAAAAGAGAUGGUCUUCAUCCCUCCUGGGGUGGCGCCACUCUUCUGUCUAGAAAUAUGGCAAAUAGUCUUAGUGUUUAUACUUGACUAACUGGGGCCCAGGUCAGGAAGCAGACAGACUGGCUAAACCGACCGUCUGCUAGCUGCCUCCCGUCACAGAGGUCAGUUAAUUCUCAGCACAUAGAGACUCUUUCACCUAGAUAUCACACUAUAGAGACUGUGUCUGUUCCACGAACUAGAAAAUACAAAAAACGUCCAAACCAAGUUAAGGUUAACAAUUUAAUUGAGGUUCAACAAAUAAAAAACAAAUGCAAUAUGGAUAAACAAAUGAUAAAGAUUGGCUUAUUGAAUAUCAGAUCCAUUUCUACGAAAACACUUUUUGUAAAUAAUAUGAUAACUGAUCAUAAUAUAGAUGUGCUCUGCUUGACAGAAACCUGGCUAAAACCUGAUGAUUACAUUAUUUUAAAUGAGUCCACCCCCCAAGAUUAUUGUUAUAAACA